CUCUCCACCACCACAAGUCCACCAAACAAAAAAAUAAUAAUAAAAGAUUCCUCUCCGGAGAAGUAUCAUCUGAUCAUAAGGAAGGAAGUUUAGGUGAAAGAAAGAAAUCAACAUAAUAGAUUAGAUGGCGGUGUUGUUGGAGGAUAUAGUGAAGUCUAUUGAGCAGUUGCUAAAGCUGAUCAGCAACAAGACCCAAGAACAGUCCUACGUGGACCCCACCCUCGACCCGGUUCUUUUCGUCCCCGGCAUCGCCGGUUCCAUUCUCAACGCUGUCGAUUCUAAAACCGGCAACACCGAGCGGGUCUGGGUCCGGAUUCUCGGGGCUGAUCACGAGUUCCGGGACAAGCUUUGGUCUCACUUCGAUCCUGCCACAGGUAGAAGUGAGACCGUAGAUGCGGACACACAUAUUGAGGUUCCUCAAGACAGACAUGGCCUUUAUGCUAUUGACACCUUGGACCCCGACAUGGUUAUUGGCAGCGAUUGUGUGUAUUAUUUUCACGACAUGAUUGUCGAAUUUAUUAAUUGGGGCUAUCAAGAAGGAACUACACUCUUUGGCUUUGGAUAUGUUUUCCGCCAAAGCAAUCGUUUUCAGGGAACACUGGAUCGCCUGGCAUCAAAACUUGAGUCGGUAUAUACUGCUUCUGGAGGAAAGAAAAUAAACAUAAUAAGCCAUUCGAUGGGUGGUCUUCUGAUUAAAUGUUUUAUGAGCCUGCAUAGUGAUAUCUUUGAGAAGUAUGUCAAAAAUUGGAUUGCUAUAGCAGCACCAUUUCGAGGUGCACCUGGAUACGUAACCUCCGCAUUCUUGAAUGGAUCAUCAUUUGUUGAAGGGUGGAAACAGAAUUUUUUUAUUUCAAAAUGGAGUAUGCAACAAUUGCUGCUCGAGUGCCCAUCAAUAUACGAAUUGAUGGCCUGUUUAGAUUUCAAAUGGGAAAAUGUUCCACUUGUUGAAAUAUGGAGACAGAAAUCUGAUGAUGAUGGGAAUACCACCGUAACCCUUGAAUCUUAUCCUCCUGUAGAAGCUAUCCAGAUCUUUACGGAAGCUCUUUCAAUCAACAAGGUCUGUUAUAAUGGUGCUGAUGUUGCCGUACCAUUCAAUAUAGAGAUUCUAAAAUGGGCUAACGAGACACGCAAGUUGUUGAGCUCUGCGCAACUUCCAAAUGAAGAGAUUAAAUUCUACAAUAUUUACGGCACAAAUAACAAGACCCCUCAUUGUGUUUGCUAUGGAAGCGAGAAUGCCCCCGUCACAGAUCUGCGAGCAGUGCCUACUCUCCAGGCCAAGUACGUAUAUGUUGAUGGUGACGGAACAGUUCCAGCAGAAUCUGCCAAAGGGGACGGGCUUCGUGCGGAAGCAAGGGUAGGGGUGAGUGGGGACCACAGGGGAAUACUGUGUGACAGACAUGUGUUCAGAAUAGUGAAGCACUGGUUGAAGGCAGAUCACGAUCCGUUUUACAAUCCAUUAAAUGACUAUGUAGUACUGCCAAGUGCUGCUAUUGAAAUGGAAAGAGGAUUGAAGGUUAGUUAUGCAAGAGAAGAAUGGGAUAUUAUUACAGAUGAAGAAAAUAAUAAUAUGGGAAAAGAUGUUGUUUUGGUGGGUUCAAUUGAUGUGGCGGCACGCAUCGCUGGCGGUGGCGGUGAAUCCAUGGAAGAAGCUCAUGCAAGUUUUAAGGUUGAACAAGAAAAUGAAGAGGGUAAAAGACAUGUGGAGCUUAAUGUUGUAUCUAUCUCAACUACUGCAUAGAAUGAAGAAGAUCGUUGCCCCACUUAUUUCCUCGAUCUGCAUAUAAAUAAUAUAAAGCUUGUAUGUAAUGAAUCAAAUUUCCUUAAAGAUGAUAUUUGUAUGUAAACAAACAUGUUAUGUCAUGUGUAAAUACUAAUUAGUAAUCGCUUCGCUGUCUGUAGAUGAAUUUGCUCAAUUCGUUACUGUGCUUUCCAUUUUUCCUUCAUAAUUAUCAAUCUUUGCUA